AUGAAAAAUAUAGUUUUAAUAAUAAUUUUAUUAAAUAUUUUUAAUAUUUAUGUAAAGGGUGAUGCAACAUCUCAUAGUGUUAAAUUAUCAUUCACCAAAUCUAUAGAUCAAAUGAAAGUAACAUGGUACACCAUAGAUAAAAUGGUUAACCCAGUCGUAUUAUUUAACACUGAAAUGUUUGCACCAGAAAAAGAUUCAGUACUUUCGGUUCAAGCUCAAAUUUUUCAAUAUGAUACUUUAGGCUUUAAAGGUUAUCCAACUACAGCCACAAUUAAUGGGUUAUCUCAAAAAACCACAUAUUAUUAUUGUGUUGGUGAUAAAGCAGCAAAUGUUUAUAGUCAAAUAUACAACUUUACAACUGGCUAUACCGCUAAUGAUAAUCUUCAUCCAUUUACUGCUGUUUUCUAUGGUGAUAUGGGCUAUGGUGGUCAGGGUCUCAACUCUGAUUUCUAUACCGUUGCUAAUGUUUUAAAACGUUCUGAUGAAUACGACUUCAUUGUUCAUGUUGGUGAUAUUGCCUAUGCCGAUCUAACUCAUGAUAGCCGUAUUAGUGGUAAUCAAACUGUUUGGAACUUGUUUUUAGAUUCUGUUAAUCCAUUAACCUCAAUGAAACCAUAUAUGACCUGUCCAGGUAACCAUGAUAUAUUUUACGACCUUUCAGUCUACAGUAGAACAUGGCAAAUGCCAGCUGACAAUGAAGGUGAUACAUGGUAUUCAUUUGACUACAAUGGUGUACACUUUGUUGGUUUCUCAUCAGAACAUGACUUCUUUCCACUAUCACCACAAUAUGAAUGGUUAGAAAAAGAUUUAAGAAAAUAUCGUCAAGAAAACCCAGAAGGUUGGCUUGUGGUUUAUUCACACCGUCCAUUUUAUUGCUCUGCUGUUUGGGGUUGGUGCGAAGAUAGUGUUAAAACAGACUUCCUAAAAAAAGCUUUUAACUUAUUAGAAAAUUUAUUAUUCAAAUACAAUGUUGAUCUCUACAUCUCAGGCCAUCAACAUGCCGAAGAAUACACCUAUCCAGUAUAUAAGAGUCAAAAUUUAGGUACUUUUGAAGAACCAAAAGCUACUGUUCAUAUUACUGUUGGUACUGGUGGUGAUGCUGAAGGGGAAGAAACUCAAUGGCAACCAAAACCAAGUUGGAGCACAGGCAAAAGAAUUUUCGAUACUGGUGUUGGAUAUUUAACUUUUUACAAUACAACAACUCUAGGUUAUAAAUUUAUAGCAAAUGUUAACAAUACCGUAGUGGACGAAUUUACUAUGACAAAAGGUCACUUUUAA